AUGGAACUCGGGCCCGUUGCUACACCGCAUAGCGGUCGAGUAAAUUCUGCCGGAGAUGGUUACAGUGCUAAGCGCAAGCUUGAGAGUGCACACUCGCUGUUCUCUCUUUCUGCAUCAUCGUCGCCUUCGAAUUCCACUAUCGUCCCAUCCAACAUCCCCAAUUCCUCUCGGGCCAAUGCAGCUGCACUUUUGCCAAUCGAUUCGCAUCUUAAAUUGCGACGGCGCUCUUCUGCAGAGCCUCCAUCGCUGCUUCGCUGCUAUUCGGACGGCAAAAUUCUAGAAGCGUUCGGAGAGCUGCUGACUGCAGAGGGAACAGCUGACAGCCAGCGACAACCACUGCCCAAUGUCUGUCUGACGCCACCAGCACGGGCGCUCCCGAACACCCCGCAGAAGAUCAACAGCGUUUGUCCAUCACCCGGACAACAGCGCAAUCCAUUUCGAAAUGAUGGGAUCUGCCCUCUAAGCACUCAUGGAGUGCUCGUCACGAGAAGCAACAUAAACAAUACGACAGCUUUACAACACAUCGAGAACAGCAGCUUAAUGUUUAUUCCUCCGACACCAAACAAGCGAGUAUGCAGCCAGCAAGGCUUUAAGGCGGGAACUACUUGUUCAGGGAACUGGUCGCCUUUGCUCUCCCAUGCGAGAAAAGGCUCUGAAGAAGUUUUGAAUGCUUCGCACUCUACUAGUGGGUCGCCUUCUGAUAAGCGCACAUAUUUUUCGAUUGAUUUGAAUUUGAAGAGCCGAAACACCGCCGUCGUUGGAGCAAUGUCUUCUUGUUCAUCGUCUUUGUCGAUCCCUCCAGACACUGUGCUGUCUCGAAGCGGUGCCAGCGUCCCAAAAGGAAUGUUUUCACCACAGCAACGUCACAGUCGCAACCCAGGGAACCUGUCGUUGGACUUAUCGCAAGUUGAUCAAACGAAAAUCGACACAAGUACGACGGGAACUGGAGGCUUGCAGCGGCGAAAUGAUCAGGCGGCUGUGUGCUCAAAGCUGACGGAUUUUUUGUAUAUUGGUGGAGCUGUCGCUGCCAAAAGCAAGUCGAUGCUUCUUCAAAAUGGCAUUACGCAUGUCAUUAACUGUGCCGCCAGUGUCGCUCCAGCAUCGUAUCCAGAUGCAUUUUGCUACUUUAAUAUUCGACUUCGAGAUCAUUCAUCGGAAGAUAUUGCGCGUCACUUUUACAGCCUGUUCGACUUUAUAGAGCGGGCUCGAGAGUCCGGGGGACGAAUUUUUUUGCAUUGUGUUAAAGGCAUUUCCCGUUCCCCAACAAUGGCUAUAGCGUACUUGAUGUGGUACAAAAACAUCGGCAUGUACAAGGCGCUAGAUUUGGUGCGUCAGGUACGCCCAGUCGUCGAUCCGAAUGCUGGAUUCAUCUUCCAGUUGACCGAGUGGGAAAAUAUCCAUCCAAAUGGCAGGAUCAAAUUUCAGAAAACAGUUGUUUUUCAGAUUGACGUGGCGUAUGCUUAUCUUGAUUCAAAAUGCUUUAAAGAUAGUGCUACUGUGCCGAAUACGCCGCUAUUUUUGGGUCCUUUGACAAGCAUCAACGAACAUUACUUUCGUGACCCGACUCAGGAUAUUGGUGAAUUGUGUUUGAUUGUAGCAUCUGCCAACUAUAUGUUCGUUUGGUGUGGUACCGACGUUAAUGAAGACCAGGUGAAUGUUGCCGAACGUGGGGCGCAGAUUUUGCAGCGUUAUGAAGCGUUUCCUAGAAAAUGUGACACUGUGUUGCAAGGACAGGAGCCUGUGGCUUUUUGGGACCUGGUUGGUGGUGAGAUCUGA